AUCAGGAAAGGUACCCCAACCAUCCUCUUGUGGGUGGUGAGGAGCAGAUCUGCUGGGUUAAACUUGGUGGUCAACAAACUGAAAGCAGCGACCCACGGGCCGCGAGCGGAACAGCGGGAACGUUGGAUCAGAAACCUAGAAUCAGAGCCGCAGUCGAAGCCGCCCCCUUUUCCGGACGCCCUGCCCGCUCCUGGAACCGGGUUCACAUCACGCCCUCAGCAACACGUUAUGCGUCGGUGAACUACAUUUCCCAGAAUGCGAUUCAACCUUCUUCCCAGGGCUCCAAUGAGCGCCGUGGUUACGCCAUCAGCCGGCGCGGUGUUUAGACUCCACUGAUGUCGUGGCGCUUUAGGGGAAGAAGUUGGUGUUUCGCGGGGUCCUGGUACUGAAGACGCGGUCCGGGUCACCCCUAGCUGUUUCCUACACACCCAACCCCCCGCGCCCGCCUUUUCUCUCUCUCCUCUGGAAGGAUGAGGCGUGCAGGCCUGGGUGAAGGAGUACCUCCUGGCAACUAUGGGAACUAUGGCUAUGCUAACAGUGGGUAUAGUGCCUGUGAAGAAGAAAAUGAGAGGCUCACUGAAAGUCUGAGAAGCAAAGUAACUGCUAUAAAAUCUCUUUCCAUUGAAAUAGGCCAUGAAGUUAAAACCCAGAAUAAAUUAUUAGCUGAAAUGGAUUCACAAUUUGAUUCCACAACUGGAUUUCUAGGUAAAACUAUGGGCAAACUGAAGAUUUUAUCCAGAGGGAGCCAAACAAAGCUGCUGUGCUAUAUGAUGCUGUUUUCUUUAUUUGUCUUUUUUAUCAUUUAUUGGAUUAUUAAACUGAGGUGAUGCAUGUAAUUGUGAAUUUGAAAUUUGUUCCAACUUAAUGACUUGGAGUACCACUUUGAUAAAAAUCAGCAUCAAAACAUUCCUAGUGUUCAAAUACUGUGGCAUUUUCCAUUGAAAAUUGCUGAAUUUCGCUUAUUUUAUAAAUCACAUUAGUUAAUACAGUGGUCUUUGAAUACUGUUUCUUAAUGACUCAUUUUAGCCCCUAUUUUCAGGGGUAGUGAGAGGGUGUGGCUCCACUAAUUUCCAGUUUGUUUUUCUAUUGUUUGCCAACUGUCAGAUUAAAUAGCAUUAUAAUAUUUUGUUGGAAUCAUAUAUACAGGUUUAUGUCCCAUUUAAGGAAACUUAGUGGGAGAGUAACAGAAUGCCUGGAGAGCCUGACUCUGAGCUCUUGAAGUAGUAGUCAGCCAGUUUGUGGUAGAAUGGUCAUUGAAUUUUCCUAACUGCAUCAACUGUAAUGAUAUACUCCCUUCUCCUCCUUUAUUUAGUUAAAAUCGUAGGCUGAUUUCUUUUUAACCUACAAUCUUCCUAAUAAUUUUUGAUGAUAAUGACCCCUCAUUUCUUUCUGCCCAAAGAUCUCAUUCUUUAAAUAAAGCUUAUUAUUUUGGCAUAUUUCUGGUAGGGCCCAUUGCACAUGUGUAUCAGUAUAGUUAUUAUUUCAUAUUAACUUUAUAAAUUCUCUUGACUUGGCUUAUAGUAGUUUUAUGAUUUUUACUACAUAGGUAGCACAUUUGAUUAUCAUUUGUGACAGAAUAAUGUGAAGUUAAGUAAUUACUGAACUCUAAAUGGAAAUAGUACGCAAGAAACUUAGGCAUUGAACUUGAAGGUAAGAGUAUUGUUGCUUUAAUCCAGUGUGUUUGUUUAUGGAAAGAAAAACACAAAGGCAGACUGUUGAGUAAAAAAUAUUAAAUAUUGUUAAAUAUUCUGUAUUUUGGAAUUUAUCCAUUUAUAGGCUUCAAAAGUAAAUUUUUAAAUAAAAUAUAUUAGUGAACUGUG